CCAAACAUGGCGUCGCCGGAGCCACAGCAAGAGCGCGGGGAUAAUCGAAAGUCAUUAAACACACAUGAUGGAGAAAAGAAAUCUGGUCCUGUUUCUUUCAGUUUUAGUAAAACAUUGAAUAAGGCCAAGACUGGCAAGACGGAAGAGCGAGAUUACUUAAUUGAAGUCGAGGGGAAGGAAUUGAAAAGUACCAAGCCAGUAGACAAGCCAAAGGAGAUCAUCAUUCCACUGAUUCAAAAGAACCGCUGGUACAGGCAAGAAGAAGCUACCCAACGUGUCACAGAAGGAGACCAAAGAAACUCUGGCUCUCAGGAUCAGGAUUCUGUGGAGUCUCAGGCUGUGAAAGAGCUCCUAGAAGAGUCUCGGAAGCAGCAGGAAAGAUGGCUGAAUGGCCCUCAGACCGACCCAAGCCUCGCCAUCCCCCUGGUUAUGCAGAACCAGGUACCACAGGGCUUCGAGGAUGGGGAACGCGUCCGAGUGGACCUCAGGCCUGAGUCGUCCACAGAGGCUGACUAUGAGCGAGUGCCCGUGGAGGCUUACGGCCUGGCCAUGCUGAAGGGGAUGGGUUGGAAGGAAGGAGAAGGCAUCGGCCGCACAUUCAAACAGGACGUUAAGCCUAUAGAGCACCAGCUGAGGCCCAAAGGCCUGGGUCUUGGGGCCGACCGUUCUGCCAUUAAGGACCUGGAGCCCACGAGGCCCAAACGGCCCCCCAAGCCUGGGGACGAGAGGGGAAAAGAGGAGGAGGCUCUCGUGAUGGGGCCCGGAGGCUGCGUGCUGAUCCAGUCUGGGGCCCACAAAGAACUCUACGCGAAGAUAGAAGGCGUGGACGCAGACAACGCCAGGGUCGUGGUGAAGCUCGCCAUUGGGGGGAAGGCCGUGACCAUCAGCCAGCAUGCCGUCCGCCUCAUCCCCCAGAAGGAGUAUGACAAGUACAGUAAAGACCUCAGUCGCCUUAGCAAAGCACACAAGGAGAAGGAGAGAGAGCGAGAAAAGGAGAGCGAGCGAGAGAAAGCGCGUCGUCGAGAGGAGCCGGAGGCGAGGCUGGAUGGCAGGGACGAGCGGGCCAAAGACCGUCCUUCGGCACGCGAGCAUGGACAAAGAAAGAGAAAGCAGCAGGAUAGCAGUGCUGACGGAGAGAAGCCGCCGCCUGUGAAGGAGUACCGCGCUUCUCCCUCUGCCCUCUCCUGGCUCCAGAGGGACCUCCGUGUGCGCUUCAUAGACAAAGCUUUCAAAGGAGGCAAAUACUACAACUCCAAGAUGAGGGUCGAGGACGUGCUCACCCCUGAUAUCUGCGUGUGCCGUACAGAUGAGGGCCGGCUGCUCGACGAUGUGAGACAGGCCAUGUUGGAGACCAUUGUGCCCAAAGGCGACACUGACUCCGUUAUGGUGGUGCUUGGUGAACACCGAGGACAGGUGGGUCGUAUACUGAAGCGUGAUAAGGAGAAGUGUCGAGCUAUGGUGGAGCUGGACCGUUAUGAGGAACGGGUCUUCACCCUGGAUUAUGACUCCAUCUGUCAUUACGUGGGCGGAGACAGCUGAAGAACCAUAGAACACGUUUGACGGUGGGAAGGAAUCGCUUGGACCAGCAAUGGGCACGACCGGCACUGGUCAACAUCCACUGGAUCCCUGCACCCACAACAUUGUAUUCAUCCAGGUGCAUUACUUCAUACUUAGCUUGGGUCACAAUUGACUGGAACUGGAAUCGUCCUUCGGGUCUCUGGGACGAGCCCUAUGUUUUUAAGGCCACAUUUCCUGUGAGCUGAACUGUCCAGUCUUGCUCUACGGAAAAGGCACGAUUGGGUCAUUCUUCACCUGCCACCUCUACAAUAUUGUUCACACUUCAUUUUGAUGUGGAAAAUGAGCUGUUUGUGGUAGGUUUUGUAUAUGUGCUGUAAGAAUCACUGCAACAUUGGGUCAUUUUUAUAAUAAAAAUCUUCUUGUUCAUCAAAAAGAAGCAGGACAUGUUUAAGUUCGAAAUUCUUCUACGAUACUUUAACUUUAGAUUUUCUUUUAAAUAAUGUAUUUAAAGCCACAAUUUACUACAAAGGUCAAUUAAACCUACAGAAGGAAUUUCUUUCCUUUCAAAAGCCUGGUAUUGUAGUUGUUGCAUACACAGAGUUGGGGUAUUACACCUUGAUUCCUGGAUUUUAAACUGCUGGGAACGAACUAAAGACAUAGGCCAACGUGAGAGUACAUUUGAUGGUCCCUCAGCAAUUCCCUGCUUUAUCAUAGCACUACAAUUUAUGAGCAUAGAGUGUUGCAUAGUAUCUCUGAGGAAUAAGUUAACUUAAGACCAUUUAGUAUUUCUGAGAAGCUGUUUCAAAUAAAUUUCAGGCAUACUUUACUGUAACCUACAAUUUUAUAACGAGUGUAUAUUUUGUCCUUGAAUCAUGGUUGAAUUUUUAAAGCCCACAGCUGCACAGCUGAUGAAGGACCUUUGUCCAAAAUAUCCUUUUUCUCUGGAAGCCUUGCGCACUACACCGUUUUUACUACUUCUGCAAAGAUGUAUGUAUUUUUCCUGCUUUCAAAGUAUUGGGAAUAAAAGCAACAGCAUUAUUUCUGAGUA